CUUGUUUUCAAUGUGACUUUUUUACUACUGCUGAAGUGCUCUGUAACUUCUGCGUAUUAAUGCGUUGAUAACGUGUCAAGAUGUUUCUAACGACUGUUAAUUUGGCCAAGGCAAAAUCCAAAACAAUCCUGGUGCAGAUGGUGAGUGCUGCAGGAACAGGAUACUUCUUCAAUACCAAGAGAAACAGACUGAAAGAUAAAAUGGUCAUCCGUAAACAUGAUCCAAUUGUGAACAAGCAUGUCUUAUUCUUUGAGAAGAGGAAGAUCCGGUCCAUCUAAUGCUACUCCCAAGAAAAGAAGGUUAUGAAUGGACAAUAUAAAAACAUCCCAAAAUGGAUUGUACAGAGUUGCAUCAGAUUGGAUCAUAUGUUUUU